AUGUAUAGAUGCCGUUCCGCGUUAAAAUUAUUAGAACUUGAUGUAAACUAUCAUCUCUUUACAUCUGAUGUUCACACUGUAGUAGAUCUCGCCGCAGCUCCCGGGGGAUUUUCUCAAGUGGCCCUUCAACAAAUGCGAUCGGCGUUGUCUAAAUCUUCUAUGGACUUUUUCUCUUAUUUUUCUUCUUCUCCUCCUGUUGCGAUUGCGUUUGAUCAACGUUUGAUUACACCGAUGGAUGGUCUCUUCUCUAUUCAGUGUGAUAUCAAUGAUCACAGACGUGUGAUGGGAUACACAAAGAAGAUACUUCAACAACUACAAGAAGAAGAAAAAGAAAAAGAAGAAGAAGAUACUACCCGAAGGAAUAAUAAUAAUAAUAAUAAUAAUAAUAAUAAUAAUAAUAAUAAUAGUAGAAAGUGUAGAUUUGUGCAGGUGGUACUUCAUGAUGGUGUCUCUGUUGUAAAGACACACUCUUCACUUUCGGUAACGUAUGGACAAAAUCAAAUGGCUUUGGGAGCCUUACGACUGGCGUGUUCUCUCUUCUUUUCACAAACACAAUCCACACACCAACAACUAAUAAAAAGAAGAAAAAAAGAAGAUAUUCAACGUGAAAUAUGGAAAGAGUCUCAUCUAUUUACAUUUGUCACCAAGGCAAUGCAUUCUACACAUUUUAAUCAUAUAUUAGAAGCUACAAAAAAAUACUUUAGUUCUGUAAAUGUUCACAAACCAUUAGAAUGUAAACCGGAGAGUCAAGAAACAUACAUUGUGGCUCGUGGUUUCUUAUCACAGCAGUGGUGGAGAGAAGAGAAAAAAGGAAAAGGCAUUCAUCCACAGUUAAGUCUACCUCCACACCGUGAAGAUGUACUUCAUGGACGUCAAGUGUUGUGGAGUUGUUGGGGUUGUCGUGAAACUCGUAUGGGAACUACACCGUGUAUACGCUGUGGGGCUCUGUAA